AUGGCACUUGCACACAAUCACCAUGAUCUCACCUCACUGUGGUGGCCCGAGGAGAGAAUCAAAGCCACUCUCAAUACCAAGUAUAUCGUCAAUCAACUCCAACCAAAUAAUGUGCCUCGGUUGUUUGACCUCCCGAAAUGGGGUGAGGGAUUGACCAGCGAAACUUAUAUGGAAUACAUCUUAGUUAAAGCUGGUCGAUUAUUCCUCAUCCUCAAUGAGAUCGGAAUUCCCGAUCGCAUCUUCGCGCUAGUUGACGAGUCAUGCGAUGACGAUGAUCUACCUGUCGCCGAGCAAAACGUUGAUCAAUUACGCUUAUCGCCCAACGGCGAUGACCCAGCCCUCGAUUCCAAAUUCUUCCACACUCAAUGGCGUUACUCUGUUCGUGGAAUUGGAGAAGGCGAACAUGUUACAUAUACUGGCAAUGAGGGUGUACCCGUACAGGUACUGCGUACUGGUAUCGCUCAUGAUCUUCAAGAUCGCGAUGAUACAGUGGAUAAAGUGGUCCUCGCUGGCUCGGUAUGUCGAGUGCUCAUGCGAACACAAGUCCAAGUCGGCGGCGCACCAUACUUCUUCUCAUCAGAGGAAGUCCUCGCUGAGAUCAAGGCAUUGCGCAAACUCGCACAUCCACAUGUCAUGUCCAUCUACGCCUCAUACUUCGUCGACGAUAGCGUCUGCGUCCUCUUCACAGGCGCAGAAGCAGAUCGCACUCUGAACAGCUUCCUCACAGACGAACCACCAGCAUUCAAGCGUCUCCCCAAAGAACAGCGCAGGCAAACCCUCAUCACCUGGCCGCAUUGCCUGAUCUCCGCACUCUCCUGGCUACAUAGCCACGGCCAUUUCCACGGCUCCAUCCGACCCUCCAAUAUCCUCAUCGACGCCGAUCUAAACAUCUUCCUCGGCCAAUUCCACGUCCUAGACUCCCUCCUCACUCCACCCCGCGUCAACGAUCUCGAAUCUUACCAAUACUCCGCACCAGAGCGUUGGGUCCGUACCGCUGCACCGGUCCAACCCAUCGUAUCUCAAUCCCGCACUCUCCUCCCAUCCGGCGGUCGCACAGCACGAAGAAAGAAACCACCUCGUCUAACUCUCUCCCCUCUAGACGAGAGUCCCCCCAAUAAUCCACGCCCAGACUCCGCGGCUUCAAAGGGAACAGUAAUCCGCAUCGGACGAACAGGGUCACCAUCGCGAUUCAGUUUCGCAUUCUCAACAUCCUCAUCCUCAUCCUCCUCCGCAGCUUCAUCAGCAAAUGCAACCGAGCUAGCCUCACCUUCAAUUUCAUCCGGAAGUACAGGAACCCGAUACUCGCGCUCGAGUCUAUGGAAAAGACCCAAAGCCCUUAUCCCAACACCUUCAAUAACAUCCUCGAAAUCCUCUUCUUCCUCUGGUGCAUCUAUUCGCUCAAAUCCCUUAACACCACACUCUGUUUCCUCAAAUCCAACACUAUUGACGAAUUGGCAAUCCACACAAACAAAUCCCGCAUCUUCGGAUUUAUUCUCCCUGGCUGCUAUCAUCCUUGAUAUUAUAACUCACCUCUGCAAACGCUCAUUAUCUUCGUUUGCUUCGCAUCGCUCUGCGAGGAAUAGAUCAGCAGGUCGUGGUGGUGGGAUGGCAGAUGCAUCGUUUCAUCUUGCGAGAAAUUCAGUGCAGGUUCAAUCGUGGAUCGCGUUACUAGAAGGUGAUGCGUUAAAGCGUUGCCGAAGAGAUCGAGGAAGUGAUCAGGCUUUUUAUGCGGUGCCACGCAUGUUGAUUGUUGUUCGAGCUAUGUUAGCUGCGGAGCCGGAGAAAAGACCUAGUGCGAAAAGGGUUAGGAAGUGUUUUGGUGCGGCUAUUAAGGAGAUUCCGGUUGGGAAGAGUGGUGGAGAGCCUAUUUUGGUUCAUUGUGUUGAUGAGAAGAAGGAGAAGGAGAAACCAGUUGUGCAGACGAAUAUUAAGAUUCGGGUUCAGAGAGAGGAGAGUCAGAAGGAAGUUGAUGUGCGAGGCAAAUCAGGGAGAGUGAGGUUUGGUCGCUCGAGAGAAGUACUUCCUGCUCCUACUGAUUCUUCUUCGGUUUCGGAUUUUGAUUUUGGGUUCUCCGAUGGGGGAAGUGAUAGUGAGACCCUUGGCGAUGAGAUGUAUAGGAAUGCACCCUCGUUGCUUGAGGAGGAGGAUGAGGAUGAUGUUGAGUCUGUGGUACAGGUGGACCGUGUUUCACCGCAGCUAUCUUUGCCAGAGUUGGAUAUUCAUCUAACUGGCAUUGAGGGUUUGAAGCUCCAUCAGUAG